CAGCAGCAGUAACUGCCGUCGACCACAGGGGGAGCUCUAACAGUCUGUGCUGUACUUUCUGUCAACGAAGAAGAAGCGGGAGCCACAACAAUAACACACAGCUAGCACCACUGGCAAGAACAUCUGCUGAAUGUCCCGUUUUUAGCUCGUAAGUUCAAUUUUAACACCAAUACGCAGAACGUUUCCGUGAGUAAUCAAAAAUACAUCUGCACGGAGGUGAAUUGAGGCUCCACGUUGUGUUGUUAACAGAAAUAACAUGCUGUGGCUGUUGUGACGCGCAGGCAGCAGAAGCUAACUAGCUGCUCCGUUAGCUUGUUUCCAGCCAGCCCGCUCCUCUGCUCCUCUCUCCGUUAAUGUCACUGGGAUCCGACUCCGCGCGCAGACAUGGAGAGCUUGUACAAGCGGAAAAUGUUCGCGUCGAUGCGGAAAACCAAAGUGGACGCGUCGAAGAAGCGGCAGAUCGGCCUGCCCGCCUCAAUCCUAGACGACAGUGACGAAGGCUCCUUCACCUCCUCCUCCUCCUCCUCCGGAUCCCAGUCCGACUUCCAGAGCUCCCCGGAAGAGGACAGCGAGCAGGAGCAGGAGGACCGAGACCGGAGCGACUCCGGGGCGACUUCCAGCGACGACAGCCGCUCCGUGACACGCAGAAAGCGCUCGUUCCUGGGAGGCGACGACAGCUCCUCGUCCUCCAGUCCCGGGGAGGAGGACUCGACAAACGAUGAGGAGGAGAAGGACAGGAGCCAGCCCAAGAGGACGGUGCAGCCGAGGAAGCGGAGCAGGCUGCAGCGGCCGGACGAGUCGGACUCGGAACACGCGGAGGAGAAGCGGACAGAGGAGGCGGAGAAGGCGAAGAGGAAGCAGAGACACAACAAGCUGCUGGCGCUGUCCCGGAGGAUGAAGGCCCGGGUCCCCAACCGGAGGAGGAGCCGCCUCAAGCAGGAUGUGGUCGAUGAGGAAGAGUCCAAAGACGGUGAGGACGAAGCCAGAGGUGGGAAAGAAGGAGGCGGAGGAGAAAACGGCGACAAUAAACAGGCUGCAGAAGGUGAUGAGGGAGGUCAGGAGGAGAAGAAAGACACAGAGGAGGAGAAAGAAGGCGAGGAGGAGGAGGAGGAGGAGGAGGAGAAGUAGAUCCACUCAGUGAUGGAGAACAGAGAACGAGUUUGAAUGUGAAGGACUAAAUCCUUAAACCAUCUGAAACAGACUCAUAACUGUUAGUUUGUACAGCUUUUCUUUCUCCCACGGCAUUUAAAGUGGAAAACAAAGACACUAAGUCCUGGAGUUACAACAUUUUCUCCAGGUUUUUUGUCGCAAUAGAAACAGACAUUUGUGAAAUGACACAAAAAGAUGUUCAGAUGAUUUAGACAACCUCACUGACCCGUUAGGAAUUUGGUGAAGGAGGUGGAGCUUGAAUUGGGGCACAGCUUUAGACGGAUGCUGAGAAAAGUGGCUCAUUGAUAUGUCACUCAGUGUCAAAUGAUCAUUCUGAUUGGUCCACGCCUGCUGAUCUGCUGACGUACUGCAUGUCAUGUCAGUUUUAUUUACAUCCCAAAGUAAAUCAUCCCAGUUGGUGAUCCCAGUUAGAUGUCGUGACACCCAUGUUGCACUGACAGGUGCGAUCUAUCUGCAGGUGUUAAACAGGUGAUAAUGUGAAUUUGGUCGUUUUAAUGUUUCAUUCCCACACAGCUUGCAUAGCAAGUGCAGCCUAUUGGACAUCAUUUAAACCGCAAAACCCUGAAAGUGUUAACCUGUAUUAUUUAAUAAAAUUUAGCAGCAGUGUUAACCCUUUGAGACCUAGAGCAAGUUAAGUUUUCUUGUGC